AUGAAGUGGCUCAUUGCUCUCUGUCUACUAAUCGCCCUUGCAGAGUGCCUUCACAAGGUGCCUCUGAUUAAAGACAAAUCAAUCCGUGAUGUCCUAGAAGAACGAGGGCUACUAGAAGAUUAUGUAAGCAAAUAUCCGGUCAGCCCAAGUGACCAAGAUGCUGAGCUGGCGACCACAUCCAACGAGCCCCUGAAGAACUACUUUGAUAUAUCCUACUUUGGAGUCAUAUCAAUUGGAACUCCACCACAGUCUUUCAAAGUUGUCUUUGACACAGGAUCUGCAAACCUCUGGGUUCCUUCUACAUACUGUAACACUAAUGCCUGCACCAACCACAAAAGGUUUAACCCAAACCUGUCAUCAACCUUCCGGGCCAGCUCUACUGGCAUUUCUAUCCUAUAUGGAACUGGCAGUAUGACAGGACUUCUCGGAUAUGAUACAGUAUCUGUUGCUGAAAUUGAAGUCACCAACCAGAUGUUUGCCAUGAGUAAGACUGAACCUGGUAUCUUCCUCUACUAUGCAUCCUUUGAUGGAAUCCUUGGCCUAUCGUAUCCUUCUCUGGCGAUUGGUGGAGCAACUCCGGUGUUUGACAACAUGAUGUCGGAGAAUUUGGUGACAGAGGAUGUCUUCUCUUUCUACCUUAGCCCGAACGGUCAGACUGGCAGCGUUGUAACUUUUGGAGGAAAUGAUCCAUCUUACUACACUGGCCAAAUCUACUGGGUUCCUGUAACUUCCCAGACAUACUGGGAAAUCACCAUGACAAGCAUUAAAAUUAAUGGAUCUCCAGUUGCUUGCACCUCUGGAUGCAAGGCUAUUGUGGAUACAGGCACGUCUAAUAUUGUGGGACCCAACACUGACAUCAACAGCAUUAACGCAGCAAUCGGAACCAGUCCAGGCAACUUUGGGCAGGCUAUGGUGAAUUGCAACAAUAUAGAAAGCCUGCCCAAUGUUGUCAUCACCCUCAAUGGAUAUGAGUUUUCUCUGCCACCAUCUGCCUACAUUUCCCAGAAGAGUUCUGGAUGUUCUACUGGUUUUGGACUGAAUGGAAAGGACCAGUUGUGGAUUUUGGGGGAUGUGUUCAUCAGAGAAUGGUACUCCAUCUUUGACAGAGCUAACAACAGAGUUGGUUUUGCAAACUUGGAGUUCAGUGGAAGAGGUUCACCUAGCUCUGGGACAAAAAUGAAGUGGACUGUUGUUCUGUUGGCCAUCUUUGGUCUUUCAGAAUGCUUGCACAGGAUCCCCUUGUACAAAGGCAAAUCUGCCAGAGAGGCUCUCAAAGAAAAAGGCCUACUUGAAGAGUUCAUGAAGAUGCAUCCUUACAACCCCUCCAUCAAAUUCAACUCUGCUUUGGCCCAGAUUGCUAACGAACCUCUCACCAAUGACUAUGAUCUAUCCUACUAUGGGAUCAUCUCCAUUGGAACUCCACCCCAGUCCUUCAAGGUCAUCUUUGAUACUGGCUCUUCCAACCUCUGGGUGCCUUCUAUCUAUUGCAGCAGCAGCUAUGCCUGCACUAACCACAAUAAAUUUAACCCGACUAAGUCAUCCACAUACAGGGCCUCCUCCCAGACCAUCUCUGUUCAGUAUGGCACUGGUGCAAUGAGUGGAAUCCUUGGAUACGAUACAGUCACUGUGGGUAGCAUUGUGGACACCAACCAAAUCUUUGGCCUUAGCAAGAAUGAACCUGGAAGCUUCCUCUACUAUGUGGAAUUUGAUGGAAUCCUUGGGCUUGCCUACCCCUCAAUCUCUGCUUCUGAUGCAACUCCAGUCUUUGACAACAUGAUGAGUGAGGGUCUUGUCAGUCAGGACCUUUUCUCUUUCUACUUAAGCAGGAAUGGUCAGGAAGGCAGUGUCGUGACCUUUGGUGGAGUUGAUCCUGCCUACUACACUGGCAGCAUCCACUGGAUUCCUCUGAGUUCAGAGACCUACUGGCAAAUUACUGUGCAGAAUGUCAAGGUCAAGGGGCAGGUUGUUGCCUGUGUGUACGGCUGUGAGGCUAUUGUGGACACUGGCACCUCACUGCUUGUUGGAGAUUCCAACAAUAUUAACAACAUUCUGGCUUGGGUUGGAAUCUACAAGGAUCAGAAUGGGCAGUACUCUGUGAACUGCAACAACAUUGGCUCAAUGCCUGAUGUGACCUUCGUCAUCAAUGGAGUUGAAUUUGCCCUCCCUGCUUCUGCCUAUGUAAUGCAGAACAGCUAUGGUUGCUCAUCUGGCUUCAGCCCCAGCGAUGACCAGCUCUGGAUUCUAGGUGAUGUCUUCAUCCGGGAAUGGUACUCCAUCUUUGAUAGAGCCAACAACAUGGUUGGUCUGGCCAAGGCUGUUUAA